AUGAAAAACACAACUACUGUAAAGGAACUAAACACUUCAGGGACCGGAAAGAACAGAUUCAAAUAUCAAUCAUUCAAAGAAAGAGUUAAAAAUGUAAAAAUUGAUGCGGUUAAAAGAGAAAGAAAGGAAUACGAGCCUGAAGUUUCAUAUUUUCAUUCAGCACUUGAAUCAUGGAGAGAGCUCAACCUUACCUUACAUUUUACAGCUUUUAUGCGAGAGAUACGGUCGAUAUCACAGACGCUUCCACAAAUAUUAUAUCACAAAGAUGAGAUAAUCAACAUAUUAAAGAAACAUUUGCGAGUACGAGAUAGUUUAGCGUAUGAGCCAUUGCUGGAUUUAACGACUAAGCUUGCACAUGAUCUGGAAGAAGAUUUCUAUCCAUAUUUCGGAGAAAUUAUAGAAUGUGUUAUUGAAUUGACUAAAUACAGAGACGUGGAAAUAUUGGAGUGGACGUUUAACUGUAUUACGUACUUGUUUAAGUAUUUAUCAAAACAACUUGAGAAUGAUCUAUGCUUUACGUAUCGCUUGUUUGCACCUUUGUUGGGCGAAUCAACUUCGCAACGCCCAUAUAUUCGGCAGUUUGCUGCUGAAGCGUUUGCAUACUUGUUACGUAAAGCAAAGGAUGACAAACUUGGGGAAGUUGUAAGGUAUGCAUUGCAGCCGCUUCGAGAUAAUCCGUCUUCCAAAGAUAAUGUUGAGGGAUUGAGCAUUUUUUUUGUUGAGGCCGUUAAAGAUGAUGAGAAUUCAAUUCAUGACCGAGGGACGAUAAUAAUAAGAGAACUUUUGGAAUCUCUAUAUGACGAGCUGUCACUCUGUAUAAAUGAAAUAGGCAAAGGCGAAUUUGACCUAUACCAUAAUAAAAAACAUGACUAUCGCGUUGGUUCAUCACAGCAAAUGCGAAAGUUUUGGAAUUUCAAGCGAUUACUUUCAACAAUCAUUGAUGUAGCAACAGCAGCUUUUGAUUCAUUUCAGUAUCACCGGUUCUUGGUCGAUCAAGUGUUGAACAUCAGUGUAGCACUGUUAACGCUACUUGAUCUAGAGCAUAUAUUGAACGGAGGAAGAGAGCUGCUGGACAAAAUUUUUCAAAUUGAAGAUACAGACGCGGUCCUCAGCUUUUCGUUGAACUUGGCAAACGUUGGAUGGGAUAAUUACACUCAGUUUAUGCUUCCUCACGUGAUAAAAUAUUCCGCGACACAUUGGAAAAGCAACCCAAAAGUAGCAAUAUUUUUGUCACACUUGCUGCAUACGAAAGCCAUAAUAAUACCUACCGGAACUAUAUCUCCAUUAAUUACGAAAGCGGGGCUGAUACAGUUUGCGAGUUAUCCCGGCAUAAAAGAUUCAGAAAGUCUGACAGAUGAUUUACUCAAAAUUCUAAGCAGCAGUCGUAAUUGGGUUAGUGAAGUACAGAGACUUAGUCUCGUGGAUAUCGACAAACAUGUAAACGAUUUUCCUCAGCCGAGUUUAGUUGCUUCAGCUAUCAACUUGCUUUCUCACGUGGAGAUACCUUUUUCGGCAGUAGCAAGCUGUUUGACGUCUGUAAUACGAUCACUACUUGAUUGCUUGAAUGAAAGUAAAUCGUCUUUAGCAUCACCAUUUCUCAAUCAACCAUUCACGAGAGGAUUUUUUUAUGUACUGUUGGAAUAUUUAUUAGGCUUAAGCAUUGAAGCUUUUGCAGUGGCAUGCAAAAAACACAGUGACUCUUUGGACGAGGCUGUGGAUAAUCUAGCUGACAUUAUUAUCGAUGAGAUUCUUUUCAAGUAUGGCAGUAAUGAGGUGAUAUUACGAGGGACUGCUGCUUAUCUGAAUCUACUGCGAUCAAGUGGAAGACGUGCCGAUAAAUUUACAACAGACAAUCUUCAAGAGAUUUAUCACCGUUUAUCACAGAAUAUUAAUUCAUUCGGUUGUAAUCGUCGUCUUUACACUCUCAAGAUUCUUGGUCUCUAUGACCAAUUUCACCUGAAGCCAACACCAGGAUCAUCGCGUAAUAAUUAUACGGAGCCAUGUGACGUAUUCGCGAUUGCAAUUUCCGCCGAGGAAACGGAGGCGAGUGUUUCCCAAAUACGGGAGAAGACCAUGAAACUCAGGACAUUAGGAACAUUGAUAGCGUCUAGGCGCUUGCCAGAUUUUUAUAUUGACGCAGUGAUACGACUAUGUCUUGGACAAUUGACUGUCAACUUUGUCCCUUUGUGGAAUGAGACUAUUAAAGUCUUAACCAUAGCGGCUGAAAUAGACAAGAAUACUUUCUGGACUCUGCUUUAUAAUGAAUUAUCUAAAUUUAAUGACGAAUCAAAUUUUGCAGAAAAUAAUUUUUCAAACAAAGUUUUGUCAAUAUUCUUUAAUUCUACAGAGACAUCUUCACACUGGAUGAAGCUAUCUAUAUUUCACUGUCCAAAUUUAAAGAAAUACAACGAAGCAUCAGCAUUAUCACGUCGAUUCAUAGGCAACGAGUUUAACAAGUACGCUGCUCUGCAUCUUGUCUCUUUGUGCUCUCCGAGAGACGAAAGACAUGAUUAUUGGAAUUAUCAUGGACUUGUAAUAAGAACGCUCACCGAAGUUCCUGAAAUAGCAGAGCAACGGUCAAGACAAUUGAUCCCUUUAUUUUUCCGCUUUGCCGAGUCAAAGUAUGAAAAGAUCGCAGAAGACUAUUUGGGACUGCGCACAAGAGAAACCGAUGAUGACAUUCAGGAGACUGUCAAUCCUUUACAGCAAGAGUCCAAGGUUUCGUUAAUGGAGAUUGAUUCCGAUACUGAUGUUGUGGUACUUGAACAAUCAGCCCAUGUUUCGCGAAAUGCAAUGCUUCAAUUUCUCCGACUAUUUGCGAAAUUCAAGAAUCCACAAUCCCUCUACAAAUCCGCCCAACUUCGUGAGCUGUAUCUACGGCUAUUGGCCAAGGGUGACACCACACUGCAAUCUGUCGCUCUCGACUGUCUUUUUACUUGGAAAUCAAAGCUUACAUUGUACAAAGAAAAUCUCAAUAAUCUUGUGGAUGACAACAGGUUUCGCGACGAGCUCUCGACAUUCUCACUUGCAAAAGAUUUCUCCUCAAUCGAGUUUAUGCAUCGUCCUGAAGUAAUGCCAAUAGUAAUUCGCAUUCUUUAUGGAAGAGCUAUUGCACGAAGAAGCAAGGCCGCAAAAGGUGGAUUAAGGGCAAAGAGAACAGCUGCGUUGGCGGCCUUAUCUAACUGUUUAGAAUCUGAACUGAAACUAUUAGUCGAUUUGUUAUUAGAACCAUUUGAAGAGAUUCGAAAACAACCAGGAAUUGUCGGCUCAGAAUUUUCUUUUGCAGAUGUCGAGUUCGGCAGUGCCAUUCCUUACCGAAAGCAAGUCGGAUUCUUGAAACUUUUAGAGGACCUGUUGAGAUUGCUUGGCACAUAUCUUGUAUUCUCUAUGCAUGAUAUAUUUAAGGUAGUACUGUAUAUUGCCAGAGACUCCCAUAAACUUUUAGAGAGAAUCGAUACCAACAAUCUUGAUGCAAAUGACGACACAGACUCUGUCAAAACAAUUACCGACAGCGUCAAUGAAGAAACCGAUAAUUUGCGUGGUCUUCGACAACAACACAAAACCUUGCGCCAACUAGCCAUAAAACGCAUAGCAGACUUUUUCAAGAUCCGCGUCUCUUUCAACUAUAACCCUUACAUUGCUGCACUGUACAAUGAAUUGAUCUCUCCUCGAAUACUUAAACUCGGAAUCGAAUCGACGCAAGCACCAUCACCUCUGAUGAAAUUGAUUUACGUUUGGGCUUCACGCAAAGAAUAUUUGCCGUUCCUUGUUGAUUUCGACCCGAGGGUCUUACCUGCAAUUUUUUCUUGCUUAUCCGCAAAGAAAGUACGCGACUCGGUGUUCUCUGCUGUUUUGGACAUUAUCGAGAAUAUUCUAAAAGUAUGCAAAGAUGAAUCGAACUUGAAGAUUGGUGAUCAAGAUGAAUCGUUAUCGCUCGUAAACAAAAUCCUAAUCCCGAACGUACCAUCAUUACUGGAUAAUCUGGAACAAGUAUUGCUCCAAUCCAGUUCAAAAAAGUCAUUUGGAAAGAAUACAUUCUCUCGACGUGAGAUUUCAAUUUUGGCGCAAGUGUCAGGAUACGUUCAUGAGGGCGAUCAGGCAGCGAAAAUAGUUGAACUUUUAAUUCCGUAUCUGCACAAGCCGGCACAACUCAUACCAGAGCUCGUCAAGCUAGACAUUUUGCGAAUUUUUCAGAGUUUUAUUCGCAUAAUUCCCGGAUUUUCUGUGGAGACGGACUUGUUUAGAAAAUAUUAUAAAUUUGUAUCUACACUGUUCACUGCGCUUCGAUUAAGAGAAUCCAGGAUGGUCUUGCAAGACAUCUUUAGCAUUUUUGCUGAGCUUAAACCCAGUUUCUGUACAGUAGCAAAGCUAAUUGCAGAAAUGAACGCAUUUUCCAUCAUUCGACUAGAUGAACCGGAUUAUGAAGUUCGUCUGGGUGCGUUCAACAAGAUAAACACCGAACUUUAUAAGGGCUUGACGCCCGAAGAAUGGUUGCCGAUUCUUUAUAAUUGUCUUUUCUAUAUCCAAGACCCUGAAGAACUUUCAAUACGAAAUAACUCUUCGUUUUGUAUAACUCAAUUCAUACGCUGCUGUGCUGCUGCCGAUACAUCAGAUGUUCGAGGAGACAUGGAAUUACUUGUCAAGCAAGUGAUUUACCCCGGCAUCAAGUUAGGUGUACGAUUACCACUCGAAUUGGUUCGCCAAGAAUACAUAUCAAUAUUGGAUCAGUGUGUCCGUAAUCUCGCAUCGAUGCCACAGUUUGCGGAUCUAGUCCCACUGCUUGCAAAUAAUGAUGAAGAGGCAAACUUCUUUAAUAAUAUUUAUCAUCUUCAGAACCAUCGUCGAGCACGAGCUUUGAAAAGAUUUUCAAACGAAUGUAAUAUCGGAGCAUUUUCAACCGCAUCCCUUACCCAAAUAUUUUUGCCAUUAAUCAGACACUUUAUCCUUGCGGCUAAAGAGAAAUCUGAUCCAGUUGUAAUGUCUGAGGUCAUCGGAGCCAUUGAAACUAUUGCCAGACAUUUGCCUUGGGGUAAAUAUUAUAACCUGGUACUUUAUUAUUUAAAACUUGUAUCGAAAGAGAAGCGUCUGGAAAAAUUAUUAGUAAAAGUAAUUAUUGCUAUUCUUGAUGGAUUCCAUUUUGAUGUUUCUAAGGCAAAUAUCACUUCCGAGAACAGUCUUUCUGAUGCCAUCGAGACGUCUACAAAAGUGAUGAACAAACCCGACAUGUCUUCGACAGAUAAGGAUGGAUUAGGCUAUGGAGGGGAGGAGCAAAACCAACUUGUCCAUGAAAAAGAUAAGGAAGUAGUAGAAAUUGAUGAUGACGGUUAUGACAAGGAAGAAGAUGAGAAAGAUGAGGAUGAAGAGGGAAAGGAAGAGGGAAGGGAAGAGGGAAAGGAAGAGGGAAAGGAAGAGGGAAAGGAAGAGGGAAAGGAAGAAGAAAGCGAAGAUUAUGCUAGUGAUGACAACGAAUACGAUGAGAAUGAAGAAAUGGAUGAGGAGAAAGAAGAGAGGGAAAAGAUAAAUCAGGGAAAACAGUGUGUUUCACCCGAUGAAGCAGAACGGAUGAUUGCAACAAAGAUACAUGAUAAGAUAAUCAAAAGAGUUGUACCUGACCUUAACGAAUACCUUGCCCAAGGAACUGAAGAGACUAUCGCAAUCAGAGUACCGAUUGCCUUUGCGAUUGCCAAACUUUUAAAGGCUCUACCGGAACGUUCUCUCCAAGUGCAACUACCUAGUCUUCUAACAAAAGUCUGCCAUAUUCUCAAAAGUCGCGCUCAGGAUACUCGGGAUAUCACCAGGGAUACGCUCAGCAAAAUCAAUAAUUUUCUUGGCCCCAAAUUUUUUGACUAUAUUCUAAAGGAACUCCAAGCCGCUUUAACGCGUGGAUAUCAGCUUCAUGUUCUCGGCUACACUCUUCACUCGCUUCUUGCAACUAUUGUUCCAACGAUAAGUGUUGGUGACUUGGACUAUUGUCUACAAUUGAUCAGCGAGAUUAUGAUUAACGAUAUCUUUGGCAGUGUCGGGGAGGAAAAAGAUGCCGAAGAAAUUCCGGCUAAAAUAAAAGAAAUGAAGACGAACAAGAGUUUUGAUUCUUUUGAGCUUAUUACAAAAGUAAUUGAUUUCCGAAAUGUUGGCAUCUUGUUGGUUCCACUGAAAGAAAUAAUGAGCGAGACCAUAAGUCUGAAAGUUUUGCAUAAAGUGGAUGAGGUGUUGCGAAAGAUGUCUGUAGGGCUUAAUGCUAAUCCAAAAUUUGAAGUCAACGAGUCGGCAAUCUUUUGUCGAGGCCUUAUUUCACAAAAUCUCGAGUUGAUUCAAGACAAACCAAAAUCGAAAGUUGCCAAAACGCUUAUGGAAGAGAAUUACGCUGUUCAACUGAAACGUGAUAACGCUAUUCAUUCGCACGACGAUUUUUAUUCAGUCAAUGCACACCGAUUUGUGAAAUUUGGCUUGUCUCUGUUAUUGUCAGCAUUGAAACACGAGAAAUUUGAUACACAUUCGGAGGAACAACUGGCUCUACUCAAUUCAUUUGUGGAUAUUGUUGGGAACGCCAUGUUUUCGAAACAUCCGUCAAUUAAUAUUUUAGCCGUCAGAGUAUUGAGUGUUUUAUGCAAGUUGCGUCUGCCUGCGCUGAAUAACGCGUUUCCGGUGACUGUGAAACAGACCUUUUCGCUGAUCAAAGGUACAGGAUCGACUGGAAGCGAACUCUGCCAGGCGUGCUUCAAAUUGCUUACUGUUCUUAUACGCCAUUGUAAGGACGUUGAAAUAAAAGAACACCAACUAGCCUAUCUCAUUGAUACUAUUCGACCAGAUCUCGAAGAACCAGAAAAGCAAGGCGUGACAUUUUCGUUAAUCAAAGCAAUAAUUUCGCGAAAGUUUAUAGCCCCCGAAAUUUACGAUUUGAUGCAAGAAGUUUCUGAGAUUAUGAUUACCAACCAAAGCGCAUUUGUUCGAGACUUGUGCCGACAAGUUGUAUUUCAAUUCUUGCUUGACUAUCCUCAGGGACGUGGUCGAUUGAAGACUUUCAUGGCCCUUUUAGCAAAGAAUUUAAACUACAUUUACGAGAGUGGACGGCAAUCGGUUAUGGAAAUGUUGAAUUUGAUCUUUGUCAAGUUUCCUCAGAACAUACUUAUGGAAUAUACAGAAAUGUAUUUCUUGGCUCUUGUCAUGUCCCUCGUAAACGAUGAAUCAAGCAAAUGUAGAGAGAUGUCUGGUGCGCUUAUAAAACGUCUUCUGCUGCGCAUGGAUGGCGAAAGGAUUAAAAUUAUCUAUAGUUUGCUCGAUAAAUGGUUUGUCAGCACAGAGAAAAAGAGCCUACAGCGGACUGCUGCCCAAGUCUAUGGCUUGAUUGUCGAAGCAUAUGGAGAAAAGUUUAAACCACGGGUUACGGAUCUUACCGCUCAGCUUGAAUCUUUAAUGAAAACCAGUUUGGAAAUCAUGCAAGAUGCUGAUAGAAUAGAGGCGGAUGACGAUAAUAUGGCAUUGGACGUUGAUUGGGAGAUUGGCUAUUACGCUCUUAACACUUACUCGAAACUUUUGAAAGCAUUCCCGGAGACAGUUUACGCACAGUAUUCUACAAAUCUAUGGAUACUCAUCGAAGAGCAUCUGCUCUAUCCACACGCCUGGAUAAGACUAUCGGCCGCUCGAUUACUCGGAGUUUAUUUCUCGGGCUUGAAUCCUGAGACCAUAAUAAUAAGCGGAACGCAAAAUAAUUUUCUGACGCGUGCUACUUUGAAAGAGAUUGCUAUACGUACGACCGUCCAGCUCAAGAGCAUAUAUCUGAACGAAGAACUUGGAACGCAAAUUGUAAAGAAUUUAUUUUUUGUUGGAAAAUGUUUUUUUUACAUGAAACCCGAGGAAGACCUUAAUGAGACUGAACAGAAUGGCACCUUGGAACCUUCCGAAGACUUUAGUCAGGACAACAGUUUGGAGCGGUCCAAAAGUACUGAGCCUUUGUCAUGGUUGCUUAUGCGGCUUUCUCAUCAAUUAAGAUUAAUCAAGGUGACAAACCCAGCACAUGCAUUACACCGAACAUGCAUAUUUAAAUGGUUCGCUGCCAUGGCGAAUUUCCUUCCUGUAUCCGUUUUACUAUCUUAUCUCGAAACGAUCAUAUCACCAAUUUAUCGAUUUGUCAAUGAUGAGACAAACAAAGGCAAAGAAACAGAUGAGAUUAAACGCCUCGGUUAUGAGGUACUCGAUCUUAUUCAAAAACGCGUGGGUGUUACCGAGUAUCAUAAUGUCUAUAAUAAGAUCCGACAACAAGUCGCAGAAAUACGACGCGAGAGAAAGAAAAAACGCGUAAUUCAGUCAAUCGUAAAUCCAGAGGCUGCCGCCAAGCGUAAAGUACAAAAGAACGAGAUGAAAAAGAAAAGCCGUAAGCGCAAGAAUGCAGAGUUUGCCAGAAUGAAAACACGGUAUAGCGUGACAAAGAAGCGUCGGACCGAAUAA